AUGGGACAACAUGUAGGUCUCACUAUUCCACGUUGGAUCGAUGUCGAAGGUGUCAAGAAUUUCCGCGAUAUUGGCGGUUGGGCCUUACGUGAUGGCAGUGGAUACAUUCGAGAAAGGAUUGUGUUUAGAUGUGGGAAUCUUGUGGGUAUUAAACCCAGUGGGAUCAAAACAUUGCAACAGUUGAAUGUCAUUGCUGCAUUUGAUUUCAGAUCAGAUCCAGAAGUUGAACGUCAAGGAGUAAUGCCUGAAAUACCUGGAUUAACCCGUGUGCCCUCGGCCAUGUUUACUAAGGAUGAUUAUUCACCUGCUGCCUUGUCAGUACGGUGGAAAGGAUAUUUUGAAGGUCCCACUGGAUUCCCAAAAGUAUAUCGAAUAAUCCUUGAAAAGGCUGGUCCAAAAUAUCGAUCAAUUUUUCUUCAUCUUCUUGAACAUCACUCCACACAAUCUACAAAAUCAAUCAUUGUUCAUUGUACGGCUGGAAAGGACCGCACUGGCCUCUUUGUGAUGCUGUUGUUUGGAUUGUGUGGAGUGGAUGAAGAAGUGAUUGCAAAUGAAUACGCACUCACAAAUCUGGGCUACUGGGAACCCGAACAUGAACUGGAAGCCAAGGCAAGGUCACUUGGUGCUACUCUUGACAACGUGCGCAUGGUGAUGUCUGCACCAUAUCUUGCUAUGAAGCAGACAAUUGAACUGGUCAAGGAAGUAUAUGGGUCAAUUGAGGGCUAUAUUCGCAAAGAGUGUGGUUUGACAGACGAACAAAUCAAGGAAAUCCGUAAAUUAAUGGUAGUUCCCAUUCGUUUUGAAGAGCGGCAAUUGUUCCGUCCUUUGCCUUACUAGAAGAAGAUGGUGAUUAUGGGGAAGAAUACGUAUAUAAAAUAACACUAAUAAUAAUGUUGAUAUUAACAAUAAUAAUAAUAAAAACCCCCCUCUCUUUCUUUCGUUUUCUUU